AGUUGGUCUUGAGCAAGCGACUCAAACAGUCGAUUCGUGUGUUGUAGCGAAGUGGUGAAAACUAUUCCAUCGAAUUGUUGUACAGCAACAAGUUAAUAGAUACAACUAAUUACGAAAGUGCAGACAAAAACAAAACCCCUCAUGAAUUGGGCAGAAAUUUCGCUGGAAGGUCAUGAGCAACUGCUCACAUUGCCGCUGGGCGAGAUCAAAGGCCAAUGCUGCCAGACAAUUUAUGCGCAGGCUUAUUACAGUUUCGAGGGCAUACCCUAUGCUAAGCCACCGCUGGGAGAGUUGCGUUUCAAAGCGCCGCAACCUGUCGAACCUUGGACUGGCGUGAAGGAUUGCACACAAUGUGCCAGCAAGCCGAUACAGAAGAAUUCACGCAUCGGCAAGGUAGAGGGAUCCGAGGAUUGUUUAUAUCUGAAUGUAUAUACAAAGCAGUUGAAAUCCGAGCAGCCGUUACCUGUCAUAGUUUUUAUCUAUGGUGGUGCUUUUUACCAAGGCGAGGCCACGAGAAAUGUUUAUGGUCCGGACUAUUUCAUGAACGAGCAAGUCGUACUGGUUACACUCAACUACCGGUUGUGUUCCUUGGGUUUCCUCAGUCUCGCUGAUCCCGCGCUGCAAGUACCCGGCAAUGCUGCGCUCAAAGAUCAAAUUCUCGCGCUGAAAUGGGUGAGACAGUAUAUCGCACAUUUCAAUGGUGAUCCCAACAAUGUUACGCUUUUUGGUGAGAGCGCCGGUGCGGCCGCCGUGCACGUGCUAAUGCUUAGUGAACAGACGCGCGAUCUCUUCCAACGUGUCGUAGUCAUGUCUGGUUGUGCGCUAAAUUUUUGGGUAAAUAUGCCGCAAACGGAUAUGGCCUAUAGAUUGGCAAAAUUUCAUGGCUACAAUGGUGAGAAUAUUGACGCAGAUGUGUUAUGCUUUCUACAACAAUUAGAGCCUGACAAACUGGUAAAACAUUCACUACUCAACGAAGAGGAACGCCAAAAGUUAUAUAUCUUUCCGUUCGGCCCCAUUGUAGAACCAUACAUUAGUGAGGAUUGUGUAUUGCCAAAACGGCCGUUUGAGUUGUUAAAAAGUACGUGGAGCAAUCGGAUACCAUUGAUUAUUGGCGCCAAUUCCUUUGAAGGUCUCUAUAUGUACCAGCGUCUGAAAAUGUUUCCACAAAUAAUGCAGAUGCUUUUAAACUAUCCUGAACGCAUUUUGCCGGAGGAUGCAAAAUCCGCUUAUACGCCCGAACAAUGGCAGGAAAUGGGUGAGAAGCUGCUGAAGUUAUUUUUUAGUCCUAAGCAGCCGAGUGAUCGUUCGAUGUACAAAUUUCUCGAUAUCUAUGGUUACAAGUACUUUUUUCAUGACAUCCAUCGCUGCAUCUUGGCGCGCUUGGCUUAUGCGAAUGCCUUUACAUAUCUCUAUCGUUUCGAUUUCGAUUCACCCGAUUUCAAUCUAUAUCGUGCCAAGUAUUGCGGACUCGAUCAAGUGCGUGGUGUAGCUCACGCUGAUGACUUAUCGUAUAUGUUUUUCUCAAACGAUUCAUGGAAAGUCAGUUCCGAUUCGGCCGAAUACAAAACUAUCAGACGGCUAAUUGGUAUUAUUGCGGCUUUUGCCAAGAACUCUGAUCCUAAUUGUAGCGAAAUUAAACCCAUUGUCUGGAUGCCGCUAGAAGACGCCAACCCGAAUUUGGCACUGAAUAUUAGCUACGAUUUAAGUAUAAUGGAGUUGCCGGAGAGUGCGAAACUCAAUGCUUUGGAUGAAUUAUUUCCAUUGAAAGAGCAACUGUAUUGCAAAUUAUCAUUCCUCAAUGAUGAAGAUAUUGUAAAAUUUUUGGGCUUACUAGAAAUCGACGAUGAUACAGAUGUGGAAGAAGAUUUGGAAGAUCUUUUAGACGAAGAUGUAGACGAUGCAGAAUUACCUAUCGACACUGGAAUUGACGAGGUGAUUAACAGGGCGGUAAAUUUGUCAGAUUCAAUGCUGGAAUCAGAAGUGUGUGUCAAUUUAAAUGGAAGUCCCGCGUCGUUUACACAUGUAUUAUCCCCAUCUACUUCGACUUCCUCAAAUAUUCCGCAAUCACAAAAUCGCAAAUGCAAAGCUCCUGGUGAGCAGGUUGUCGGUCUACGUGUUGAAACUAUCAUAACCGAUCCAGGUGAGUUUGUUGGGUCAGUUAAUGAUAUCGAUCCUAAAUCGCCGACCUUUAAGAAAAUGUUGUGGCGAAAGAAGAACUUAGUGCUAGAUAAAUCAGCGAAUGUGGUGCAUUCGUCAAAAAAAUUUGAAGUGAAGUUACGGCAUAAAAUCGUCGAAUUCUAUAUAAAAUCGACUGAAUUAGUUCAACGAUUUACCAACAAAUUGCAUAAACUGCCCACUUCUAACGCGCUACGCUCAUAUCUUCGAAAAAUGGCAACAGACUCUGGCAUUUUAGAGACAGUGGAAUUGCAAUUGCCCCAAGGCCGCAUCCGCGGUGCGAAGCGGGAGACUGUCUAUGGCGAUACGUAUUACAGCUUUGAGGGCAUUCCGUAUGCACAACCACCUGUUGGAAAAUUACGUUUUCGCGCACCUGUACCCUUUGGAAAUUGGAAAGAGACACUUGAUGGCACUAAAAGUCCGCCCAAGCCGGUGCAAAAGAAUUCGAUAACUGGUCAAAUAGAGGGUAGCGAAGAUUGUCUAUACCUGAAUGUGUUCACGAAAAAUAUUAAUGUAACUAAGCAAAUGCCGGUAAUGGUUUGGAUUUUUGGUGGCGCUUUUCACACAGGUCGUGCAGCUCGGGAUCAUCAUGGACCGGAUUACCUUAUGCGUGAAGAUGUUGUGUUUGUUUCCUUGAACUAUCGGCUCUCCUCGUUGGGUUUCCUAAGCCUAAGUGAUCCGAAACUUGAUGUGCCCGGCAACGCCGCUCUCAAAGAUCAACUGCUCGCCCUUAAGUGGGUCAAGAAAAAUAUUUACUACUUCAAUGGUAAUUGCAAUAAUAUCACCGUUUUUGGUGAAAGCGCUGGCGCUGUUUGUGCACACAUUUUAUCUUUGUCCGAUCAGGCACGUGGCCUCUUCCAACAGGUGAUUUUGAUGUCUGGUUGUGCCCUCAACUUUUGGGCUAAUAUGCAGCAAACAGAUAUGGCUUACCGUCUGGCGACAUAUCAUGGCUAUAAGGGAGCAAUCGAAGACCGCGCAAUACUUGCAUAUUUAGAAAAUUUGGAUGCAGGAAAAUUGGUCGAUCAUUCACUGCUUAAUGAGGAAGAAAACCGUAAUUUUGAUUGGCUGAGCUUUGCACCGACUAUUGAACCGUACGUAUCAGAUCAUUGCAUACUGCCAACCGAUCCAUUGAAUUUGUUGAAAUCAGCAUGGAGUAAUGGCAUACCAUUUCUAAUGGGUGGCACCUCAUUUGAGGGAUUGCUUAUAUAUCCACGCCUGAAGAUGGCUCCGCAAUUUCUCGAUUUAGUUAGACAGGAACCAGAAAUAAUUUUACCUUCAGAAGUAAGAGAUGCGCAUAAUAGCAGCUGGAACCAAGCAGAAGGUUCACGCAUACUGCAAAUGUACUUUGGCAAAGAAAAGGACGGGGUGGUGGCAAAGCAGCUAAAGCAAGAUCCCAUAUUCGAUUUGCUGCACCUUUGCUCACACAAAAUGUUCUGGCACGGCCUACACCGCACAGCACUCGCACGCAGUAAAUAUGCCACUGCCGCCACGUACCUCUAUCGUUUCGAUUUCGACUCGCCCACCUUCAACCACCAUCGCUUACGUUUUUGCGGCAAUGAUUGCGUGAAUGGUGUGGCGCAUGGCGAUGAUCUCUCGUAUUUGUUUUACAUAACUGAGUCUUGCAAAUUGGAGAAAGAUACGCCGGAGUAUGCGACUAUCCAACGUAUGGUCGGCAUUUGCACCUCUUUUGCCAAACUGGGUAAUCCCAAUUGUGCUGAGAUCAAACCGAAUGUAUGGCUGCCGAUAGAAAAGACAAAAACCGAUGUUGGUUUAAAUAUUAGUCAUGAGGUGCAAGUAAUGCAAGUACCAGAUGCUGCUAAACUGGCGCAAUGGGAUGCUUUGUACGACAAACAAAUGCUCUACGGUUCGGUAUCUGAUACUGAGGAAGAGCCUGUAAAGGGUUCGAGCGCUAAUUAACAUAGCUGAGGUUCUGAUUCCGUUGAAGUGUUGAUGGUAACUCAAAAUCAGAUUAUCACAUGUGAUAUAAUUUAUAUAAAUACUAGCUGUUACCCGCGGCUUCGCUCGCGUUGAAGCCCUUAAAUAAAUAUCAAAGAUCAUUACAUUUCAAUAGGACUGAAUCAAUGUGAUUUAGUAUUUAAAAAUUACUACAUACAAUCAGUUUCAAAAACUUAAAAUAUGCUUUAUUUAAUUACAACAACAAAUGUUAAAAUAUAAUAUAUUUCACUGUAACAAAAAUAAAUAAU